UCUUAUCUUAUCCAUCUCUAUCUGCAUUGUUGUGCCGAGAGAGAGAGAGAGAGAGACAGAGAGAGUGAAUGGCUGUUUCUUCUUUUGUAGCGAACCGGCCUCUGCUUGGUGUUCACGAGAACGUAGCAUUACCAUUACCAGUUGCUCCCCAAUUCCAAUUCAAAUGCCAACCCAAACUCAAAUUCCCCUCCGUCGGAAUUCGAUGCUCCUCCCCUUUCAACGACAAAACCCUCAAACCCCACCUCAAUAACAACCCUUUCGCAUGUCGCUUUCACGCCGCCCAGUUCGGAGAACAGGAGAGCAACAAAUCAUACGUGGAAGCCUAUGCUGUAGGGCGAAAUAUUCGUAUGUCUGCUAACAAAGCUCGAAGAGUGAUCGAUCAGAUUCGUGGACGUAAAUACGAUGAAACACUUAUGGUAUUGGAACUCAUGCCUUAUCGAGCCUGUGAAGCCAUUCUAAAAAUAGUGUUUUCUGCUGGAGCAAAUGCUAGCAAUAACAUGGGUUUAAGCAAAAGCAGUUUAAUCAUCAGUAAAGCAGAGGUUAAUGAAGGGAAAACGAUGAAAAGAGUAAAACCUGUAGCUCGAGGCAGGGCACAUCCAAUUAAGAAGCGCACUUGUCAUAUAACCAUCACGGUCAAAGGCUUACCUAGUGACUCCGCUGUGGAAGCAACGCCUGCUUAAUCCUGUUUGGGACAAAAUGUAUGCCUCAUUAUGAAUUCACUUCAUUACGUUUGAUUAAUGUUUCCGCAUUACGACAUUACGUAGUUUUAUACAGUGGCUUGUAGAGGAGUAAUGAACGUGAUAAAUGUGUACGUCUAUUUUUUUUGGUUGCAAUAUGUGUACGUCUAUGUAAGAACUGUUUCAAUAUUAAAUUUAA